GUCAAGCUCAGUUUGUGUACUGCAAGGAUUUGCAAGUGAUUGACUUGUUUUAUUCGCUGCGAAGUGACUUUUACGCAUUUGCGCGUGCAGGGGUCUUGAUCGGACUACCGAGUGAUCAGAUUUUAAAUUUGCCUCAAUGAUGCAUAAUUUAUGAUGGUCGGUGUAACGGGAAGCUUGGCGCAAUCAGCCGGCACAGCUGCUUCGGAAACCAUCUGUGCCGCCGCCGAUCAUUGACAGCCCGGUUGUACUGCAGGCACUGCUUCAGGCACACGAUGUGGUUGCACACGAGGUCUACAGUGAGGAGGCUAUUCGGGUGACACCACCGCCGCUGACACCCUUUCUCAACGGCAACCAGGAGGCAGGUGGCAGCGAGGCCGGCGACAUGGAACAGGUCACCCGCGUGCGCCUCGUCCAGUUCCAGAAGAACACUGAUGAGCCCAUGGGCAUCACCCUGAAGCUGGACGAGGACGGACGGUGUAUUGUGGCUCGCAUCAUGCAUGGUGGCAUGAUUCACAGGCAAGCCACUCUACAUGUCGGGGACGAAAUACGUGAAAUCAACGGCAUCAGCGUUGCCAACCAGACUGUGGAGAGUUUGCAGAGAAUGCUCAGGGAUGCACGGGGCAGCGUCACCUUCAAGAUUGUGCCCAGCUACCGCAGUGCCCCGCCACCGUGUGAGAUAUACGUUCGUGCCCUGUUCGACUACAACCCUUUGGAUGAUGAUCUCAUUCCAUGUGCACAAGCUGGCAUUGCAUUCCAGACAGGAGACAUUCUACAGGUGAUCGGCAAAGACGACCACAACUGGUGGCAGGCCAAGAAAGAGACGGCCGACGGUACGGCCGGGCUUAUUCCGUCGCCCGAACUCCAGGAGUGGCGGAUGGCUUGCAUCGCCAUGGAACACGCCAAGAACGACCAAGGGGUGAACUGCUCCAUCUUCGGCCGCAAGAAGAAGCACCUGAAGGACAAGUACCUGGCCAAGCACAACGCAGCGUUCGAUCAGCUGGAUGUUGUCACCUAUGAGGAAGUUGUCCGGCUCCCAUCCUUUCAUCGGAAAACACUCGUCCUACUGGGAGCCCACGGUGUAGGCCGGAGGCACAUCAAAAACACCCUCAUCGCCAGCUACCCAAACAAAUAUGCAUAUCCCAUUCCACACACGACGCGUCCUCCGCGCAAGGGUGAAGAGAACGGGCGCAGCUACUUCUUUGUGUCGCAUGAGGAGAUGGUGUCGGACAUUGAGUCGCACGAGUACCUGGAGUACGGCACCCAUGAGGAUGCCAUGUACGGCACCAAGCUGGACACCAUCCGCAAGAUCCAUGCCCAGGGGAAAGUUGCCAUCCUCGACGUCGAGCCACAGGCUCUGAAGAUUCUUCGCUCUGGGGAAUAUUCACCAUACGUUGUCUUCAUAGCAGCACCAUCUUUAACAUCUAUGCAUGACGUUGACGGGAGCCUUGAGCGGUUAGCCAAGGAGAGCGACCUCUUGCGCCAGGCGUACGGCCACUUCUUCGAUUUGACGGUGGUGAACAACGACAUUGAGGAGACCAUCCACACUCUGGAGACCACGCUGGAGGCCCUGGACAACAGCCCUCAGUGGGUGCCGGUCUCGUGGGUGUACUGACGAGCCGGCACCCCACAUUGACUAUUGCUCUUCCGGUGACCCUCGUUGCCGCCGCAGCUGUGGUCACAGCCGCUCGGGAAUGGCCAUUCCGAUCAGCCAGCCAUUUGUCAUUGUGCCACACACAUGCAGAGUCGCUCGCUCUGUCCUGCAUCGUGAAGACAACAGCAACAGUUGUGCCGUCUGUGCCAUCGUGCUCCACGAAAGAGCAGAACAAUGCCACCGGGCUGCAGGAAUGCGAUGCUCUUUGGCACAUUCUCGUGCUGGCUUUUAGAAAUCCAGCUCAAAAGUUUUAUUCUCUCUUGGAGGAAACUAUGAAAGUCUUUAAUGGGACCCUACAGAGAAAAGGGCCAACGAGCUGCUGUGAUUGCUCGUUAGUUACGGUGCUCAGCUGCUGACCCAAAAGACU